AUGGUGUCAUACGGAUUUUUUAUAGUUACGGUUACCGCUUUCUUGGGCAGCGUAAGCUGUUUUCCCGACAAUCGUGUGGUGAAUGGCACUGACUCUGAUGUUACCCAAUAUCCGUUUAUAGUGUCCAUGCGUGGCCCCGCUGGUUCUCAUUUGUGUGGUGCCAGUAUCAUUGCACCACGUUGGAUUCUUACAGCCGCCCAUUGUGUUAGUGGACGUGUAGCUAGCCAACUGAGUAUUCAAUAUGGCAGUACUAUGAUAAGUGUCAAUAGUACCAAUGUGGUUGGUGUCAAGCGUAUCAUCAUGCAUGAGAACUAUAACCCAGCCAAGUCGUUUGCUAAUGACAUUGCUCUGUUGGAAUUAACCGGAUCUUUGAUUUAUAACUACAAAACCAUGGCGCCAGUGACAUUGCCUGAUCCCUAUUAUGAAAUUGAUCAGGUGCCAGAAGGUGCUCCGGGUGUUUUGGCUGGUUGGGGCUUAAAUUCGUCCUUUGGCAGUGUUCAAUUUCACUUACAAUCUGUCGAAUUGAAAAUCUAUUCCGAUGACGAAUGUCAACUCAGGCACGAUAAUGUCACCACUGCCGAUCAACUUUGCGGUGGUGUCGAUGAAGGUGGCAAAGGUCAAUGUAGUGGUGAUUCCGGUGGUCCUCUUGUCCAUAAUGGUUCCAUUCAACUGGGUAUUGUCUCUUGGAGUAUUAAACCCUGCACCGUGGCCCCUUAUCCUGGAGUAUACACCAAGGUAUCGCACUAUGUCGAUUGGAUUUAUGAAAAUAUGCAGCAAGUGUAAAUAAUCAAAUGAAAAUAA